GUAGGCGGCGGGAGCGGCUCGCCGAGGGCCGUGGGGCCGUGUCCGUCCGUACCCGCCCGUACGGCUCAAGGACUUCAAGAUGACAGGAAGAGAGUUUCUUGAACUAGAUUCUCCACAGCAAAGACUAAUUUUGGAAAGAUUUAAGCGGAUGGAAAUCAUACAAAAGAUGUUCAAUGAGCUUCCUAAAGCAGAUCAGAACUUUUGUAAUCAUGGAAAAUACUUCCUAGCAGCAAAUUCAAGCUUAUGUGGCUUAGCAGCAAAUAAUUUCUUCAGGAGCAUCCUACAUGUCAGAAAGGCUUCACUGGUGUCUGCUAUGCCAAUGGCUGUUAUUCCAUUUCUUUCAACAGCAGCAAUUUAUGAAGCUUUUGUGCGUGACCCCUUAUUUUCAGGUCAGCUGAACUGUGAGGUCUGUGCUGUGAUCAGAGGAGGAUUAGUAGGUGCUGUUGUGGGUGGAUUCUAUCCCAUUUUCCUGGCUAUCCCCUUGAAUGCAAGCCUAGCAGCCAGGUAUAUGUCAAGUCCCUUGCCAGGGAAAGAAAAUCUGUUGCGCUACUGGCUCACAACUGCUCAGCCUGUCUUUAGAAAGAUGAGUCUGGGUAUACUGGUACAGACUGUGACUGGGUUGUACCUUGCCACUAAACAGCACGGAAUAUAUAUCAAAAUGCUGCUGCAGAUGAACACGAGCAGGGAUCCUGAAGAGCUACCUGAAUGAAGUAAAGCAACUUUUCAAUUGCCUUGGAUAAGUAACCAUAAUAAACAAGAAAGACAGA